CUGCAUACUUGUCUUCUACGCACCCAUUCCUUUUCGACGCUGCGCCCCCAACGAGAGCGACAACCCGCCCAUAAUCCUACGACGACUCGUUCAGAAGGAGCACCAAUAACCAACCCUCUAACUAGCCUCAUUGCUGACCGCAAGAACAAGCUGUGAUGAUCAGUGCGACCGCCUCAGCCUCGUGGUGAUGACUAUUAAUGGGCCGAGUGCUCCUGCAGGACGAGUUUCCCCAACACUCGAGCGCAGCACACGAACAAAGCCAUGGUGCAAUUCCGAUUACUACACCGACUUUUCCGUCGGAAAUCCCAUUCCCUGCCCGGACCACCCGAAGGACCAUCGCAGCAAGCCUCAGCAGUAACAGCGACAGCCCCGGUUCAGGUCGAACCGGUGCCGGCAUCCCCGCUUAUCAACCCGGUGGCCAACUGGUCGCGUGCCCUGCUGAACUCGACCGGUCUCGCCGCCUCCACAUGCCAAGUCGCCGGGGAUCUUUCCGAUCCGAGCCGAGUGCCCAUCCUGCCCCCGGACUAUUCGUCCCUCGUCCCUCGAACCAGCAACAGCAACAGCAACAGCAACAGCAACGGCGACGAUGUCUUGUUCCCAGUCAUCCACCCCCAGGUCCAAAGCCCCUUCUUCUUCCGUCUUCCCCCCGAGAUCCGCCAUUUGAUCUACCUCUACGCGUUCGGGGACCGCCGCGUUCACAUCGACUUCGAUUUCCACCCCGCCAAGGCCCAAUGGAGCUGGUGGCAUCGUGUGUGCGAUGACCCGGUCCAUUGCCCGGAUAAGGAGGACCCGUUCGUGUGCCCAGAAUAUGAGGGCGCCGAGGAGGCUAUGUUGAAGCUCGGGACGAGCGCCUGGGUCAAGAACGGGUUCGAAUAUAAGGUGGAUGCCGUGAGUUGGCUUCAAUCUUGUUGGAGGGGAUACCUGGAAUCCCUGUCGGUUUUAUAUGCCACGAAUAGCUUUGUCCUCACCCACGGCAUUGAUCAGCUCUUCCGUUUCUCACGCAUCUUGCCCUCGCAGCAUCUCGCGUUGAUUACCACGCUGAUUAUCGAGAUUGAUGUUUACCGGGCGUCCAAAGGCCCACCGGAUAUGGAGCCGGAAUUUCGGACGUUCUAUGACGCGUUUUUCGGUCUGUUAUGUCGGUCGCUACCCGGUCUCCAGGAUCUCAGGCUAUCGCUUGCGGGACUGCCCAAUCGGGGCGGGCGCGGGAUCGAAUGGUCCCAGGAAGGGGAGUGGCAGUGGAUUGGGCCGUGGGAGGCCCUGGCGCAGAGCCGGCGGUGGAAGAGGUUAGAGAUUGCGGUACCGAAGACGUGGAUUGGGGAUUUCGAAGGGGUGGUGGAGCGGAGGAGUCGGUUGGAGGAAGGGAGAAGGUAUCGGCUUGUGGCUGGGGUGGAUCUGUACCCCAGGGGGUGGUGA